AUGUGAGUUGACGAAACAGCCAAAGAACAGGGCUCCCCAUUACAGUCUCCUUCGAGCUGUUUUUCCUUGCUACUCGGAGCUGAUUUAUGCGGAAACAUGCCUUGCACUUGUACCUGGAGGAACUGGAGACAAUGGAUUCGACCUUUAGCGGUGGUCAUCUACCUGGUGUCCAUAGCAGUUGCGGUUCCCCUUUGCGUGUGGGAAUUACAGAAACUGGAGGUUGGAAUACACACCAAGGCUUGGUUUAUUGCUGGAAUCUUUUUGCUGUUGACUAUACCUAUAUCGCUAUGGGUGAUAUUGCAACAUUUAGUGCAUUAUACACAACCUGAACUACAGAAACCAAUAAUAAGGAUUCUUUGGAUGGUACCCAUAUACAGUUUAGAUAGUUGGAUAGCUUUGAAAUAUCCCAGCAUUGCAAUCUAUGUGGAUACCUGCAGAGAAUGUUACGAAGCUUAUGUCAUUUACAACUUUAUGGGGUUCCUUACCAAUUACCUGACUAACCGCUAUCCAAAUCUGGUGUUAAUCCUUGAAGCCAAAGAUCAGCAGAAACAUUUCCCGCCUCUAUGUUGCUGUCCACCGUGGACUAUGGGAGAUCAGUUUGCCAUGUAUUGUCUCCUGCUGUUUUAUAAAGUACUAAAGGAAGAACUGAGUCCAAUCCAACCUGUUGGCAAAUUUCUUUGUGUAAAGCUGGUGGUUUUUGUUUCUUUUUGGCAAGCAGUAGUUAUUGCUUUGUUGGUAAAAGUUGGCGUUAUUUCUGAAAAGCAUACAUGGGAAUGGCAAACUGUAGAAGCCGUGGCUACAGGACUCCAGGACUUUAUUAUCUGUAUUGAGAUGUUCCUUGCUGCUAUUGCUCAUCACUACACUUUCUCAUAUAAACCGUAUGUCCAAGAAGCAGAAGAGGGCUCAUGCUUUGAUUCCUUUCUCGCUAUGUGGGAUGUUUCAGACAUUAGGGAUGAUAUUUCUGAACAAGUAAGGCAUGUUGGAAGGACAGUCAGGGGACAUUCUAGAAAAAAAUUUUUUCCCGAGGAUCAAGAUCAAAGUGAACAUACAAGCUUGUUAUCAUCCUCAUCACAAGAUGCAAUUUCUGUUGCCUCUUCUGUGCCACCUUCACCCGCGGGUCACUACCAAGGAUUUGGACAUACUGUGACUCCCCAGACUACACCUACAGCUGAUAUAGCUCAUGAAAUAUAUAAUGAUAUUACAGAAGAGAAAAGAGAACCUUCAGAUAAAUUUGUGGCCUCCUGAACAGUGUGUGAAAGCAAGCUGUGCUACUACCCUGCUGUUUCAUUACCUGGUAUCCUCGCUGCUCAGGAUUUUGUGCUUGGGACAAGCCAUAAAUGAUGGACAAUUU